AUGUCAAGCGAAAGGAAAAGUCAAGGUAGACAAAAGAUCGAAAUGAAAAAGAUGAGCAACGAGAGUAACCUGCAAGUGACUUUUUCAAGACGACGUAGAGGACUCUUCAAGAAAGCCAGUGAACUUUCAACCCUAUGUGAUGCAAAAAUUUCUCUUGUUGUAUUCUCACCUAGUGAAAAGUUUACUAAAAUCAAUAACACACUAGACAUUAAAAAGAAACUUGGUGAUGAACUAAGCCAUUUGCGCAAAGAGUUUGAGGCUCAAUUUUGUUGGACAUGUUCAAUUGAUAAGAUGAAUUGGGCUCAACUUGAAAUGUUCAAGAAAGAUUUGGAGGAGCUUAGGAACCUUGUUGCACAACAUGCUAUUAACCUUGUAAUUCAGGAUACUCAUACUCAAACUCUUCCAUUUUGUGUUGAAAGUGUUUCGCCAUCUAACAUCCCUUUCCAACACCAAUUAAUUCCUCAACAAGGUCAAAUGUUUCCACCAUAA